CCAGCACCCCCCGCACCGCCCCAAGCACCCCUGAGCAUCACCUGAGGGUCCCCGGCCCCCGCCCCGAGCAUCGCUCGGAUCGGUGCGGGCACCCCGAGCGUCCCCCGGUUUAUCCCCGAUCAUCUCUGGGAUCGGUACGGGAACCCCGAGCAUCUCCGGCUCAUCCCUGAGCAUCCCUCGGAUCGGUGCGGGCACCCCGAGCAUCUCCGGCUCAUCCCUGAGCAUCCCUCGGAUCGGUGCGGGCACCCCGAGCACUCCCAGCUCACCCCGGGCUCUCCCCGAGCAUCCCCGGGCUCGCCUGGAGCAUCUCCCGCCUCGGCCCUGAGCAUCCAGCGGCUCUCCCUGGGCAUUCCCCGGCUCAUCCUCAGCGUUCCCGGCUCUCCCCGAGCAUCCCCGGCUCGUCCCAGCCCCCCCUGCUCCGGCCGCGUCUCCAGGGAAGAUGCUCAACGUUAUGGAUUUCUCCUGCCCGGAUCCGCUUUACUCCAAGUACGAGGAGAGCUGCGAGAUGAAAACCGGAGACCUGCAGGGCUUGGGGCAGCCUGAGCAGCAACUUCUGGCAGAGGCCGAUUUCCUUGGAGGUGAGCUGCUGGGUGCCCCCGGCAGUGGCGGGGCCGUGGAUUACUCCCUGCUGGGCAGCCAGCCCUCCCCUUCCCUCAGCUACACCGGCAGCUUCUUCAUCAAGGCGGUGCCGGAGCACCCGCAGGACCAGGAGUCCCUCUUCAACCUGAUGUCGGGGAUCCUGGGCAUCUCCCCCUUCGCCUCCUCCGAGGGCCACCAGAGGCACCUGGACGCUCUUUACCCGUGUCCCGAGGUGGCGCAGAGCCAGCUGGAGCUGUACUCGUCGUGCCAGCCCGAGAUGAGCGGGUCCAGCCCGGCCCCGUUCCCGGAGCCCGGCUACGGCGCCUUCCCCGCGGCCGAGGGCGCUCAGCCCCUGCAGGGAAACACCUCCCAGUGCUUCUUCCAGCCCAAGCUGCUGGACAGCAAGCAGGACAUCAAGCUGUCCCCUGGCUCCCCGGCCCUGGACAAGUUCAAGGCCUCCUGUGCGCAGUGGGAGCCGCUCUCGCAGCAGCACCAGGCCUACCUGCCCGCUGCCUUCCACGCCCCCGAGGGCUUCGAGAGCGGCCAGGGGCUCUUCCCCCCGCUGGGCUCCAAGAUGGAGAGCGUCCUGUCCGUCAGCUGCCCGUCGGAGCUCGGCAGCCUGGCAGAGGACGCCGCCUGCUUCGGAACCCAUCUGGGCUUCGGCUGCGAGCCAGAAAACUUCCCUGCCCGCGGGGACUUCGCCGACACCAAGAUCCACAGCAUCCCCGCGCCGCUGAUGCCCGACUUCGACGCCUCCUUGGCCCAGCCCGAGGUCCUGCCGGGCCUGCUGAGCUCUGCCGAGCUCCUCCAUCCCCACCCCUCUCCUUCUGUCCCCCCCACGGACUUUCUGGGCCACCCCGCGUCCUCCUCACUGCCCUCCCUGCUGCCCGCCAACCCUCCCGCCCUGGCCGAGCCCAAGAAGAAGACGCGCCGGAGCAAGUGCUCCUCCAAGUGCUUCUGCCCCAAGCCCCACGAGAAGGCGUUCGCCUGCCCGGUGGAGAACUGCGUGCGGAGCUUCGCCCGCUCCGACGAGCUCAACCGGCACCUGCGCAUCCACACGGGCCACAAGCCCUUCCAGUGCCGCAUCUGCCUGCGCAACUUCAGCCGCAGCGACCACCUCACCACGCACAUCCGCACCCACACGGGCGAGAAGCCCUUCUCCUGCGACACCUGCGGCCGCCGCUUCGCCCGCUCCGACGAGAAGAAGCGCCACAGCAAAGUGCACCUCAAGCAGAAAGCGCGGACCGAGGAGAAGCUCAAGGGCUUGGGGUUCUUCUCCGUGGGGCUCUCCUUCGGGGCACUCUGAACCUCUGAGCGCUGGCAGCGGCGCUUCCCGAGGUCCCCCGAGCGUCUCACGGGAGAGCCGGGGUGGGAAUUCCCUCCUGGGUGGCCCCGGAGAGGAGAGGCGGCGGCGGGGCCGUGCCGGGCACCCGAGGGCCCCGCGGGAGUGAGGCGAUGCGGCGGGGCCGGGCCGCUCCCUGCGGGGAUGGGACUGAGCCGUCUUACAGCUCCUGUUCCAGGGAGGGAGAGCAGGAGCCGUGUACAGACAGGGAUCACCGCCGAGGUGGGUGUUCCGGACACUCGCUGUGCUUUCCCAGGGCAGCGCUCCACGGGACAUUCCUGGCUGGAGAUUUUCCGGGGCUGCGGCUGCUCCGGCCCUUUCUCCCCAGGGAGAGAGGCGCCACCGGGCUCUGGCAACUGGUGCUAACAGGCCCUUGGGAAAGGCGAUUUCAAUAUUAUUAUUAUUAUUAUUACCAUCAUCGUCAUCAUUCUGUUUGUAAAAAGAAAAGGCCUCUAUCAGGAAUAUUUCAGAUUUGUGUCUAUUUUUCUAAUUAAAGAUUU